UCAAAGACCGGAAAGAGUGACGUCACACACCCGGCUGCUGUGAAGAAAGACAUUGUGUGGACCAGAUGCUAAAGAAUCCCUCACCGAAAAAGGUAAAAUUUUCACGCUUUUUGGCAAUUGGGAGGUUCGAACCCUACAGGAGGUUGGGGAGCUCUACGCCUGGAUCAAUUUGGUGGUGAUUACUGUGAAGGCCGGGCGUUAAAAUGAACGGCUUAACUGUUGGUGAAUUGUGCUGCUUAUUUUGUUGUCCGCCAUGUCCGUCACGGAUUGCGGCCAAGCUGGCGUUUCUGCCACCGGAACCAACCUACACCAUCGUGACGGAUGAAACGGGUGCCAAAGGCACACUAAAUCUCACCGAAAGGGCAGAAUGGCAGUAUUCCGACCGUGAACUUGAGUCCAUCGAGGUGUUUUACACCCGCAACAAGCGGGGAAACAGAACAGCAUGCAUGUUUGUGCGCUGUGCCUCCAACCCGAAAUACACCGUACUUUUUAGUCAUGGUAAUGCUGUAGAUAUCGGACAGAUGAGCAGCUUUUACAUAGGACUGGGUUCUAGAAUCAACUGCAAUAUAUUUAGCUACGAUUACUCGGGCUACGGGGCCAGCGGGGGUAAGCCGCUGGAGAGAAACCUGUAUUCGGACAUUGACGCUGCCUGGAACGCUCUGCGUUCCCGCUACGGAAUCAGCCCAGAGAGUAUAAUCCUGUACGGACAGAGUAUCGGUACGGUGCCUACGAUAGACCUAGCUGCACGGUAUGAGUGUGCUGCAGUCAUUCUACAUUCUCCUCUCAUGUCGGGGAUGCGGGUGGCAUUACCAGAUACCAAGAAGACAUGGUGGUUUGAUGCAUUUCCAAGUAUCGACAAAGCAUCCAAGGUGUCGUCUCCUGUUCUCGUCAUUCAUGGCACCGAGGAUGAGGUCAUCGACUUCUCCCAUGGCCUGGCCAUCUAUGAGCGCUGCCCUCGCACCGUGGAACCGCUCUGGGUAGAGGGCGCCGGUCACAAUGAUGUGGAGCUCUACGGGCAGUACUUAGAACGCCUCAAGCAGUUCAUCACUCAGGAACUACCGACCAUGAAUGUUAGUUAAGGUGCUGAUCGGUUCUGUGUUGCACAUUUACAAGUGGGCAUUCCAAACAGGCUUGUUGAAUGGUCUUGGUUUUAAGAUGUCAUUUUCUUGCAGUCUGUUGCAACAGGCAGGUGCACUGAAAUUACAUUUUGCAUGCACUCCUACCCACAUGCUGGCUUUUGCUGGUUUUGGAAGAUGUACGCCAUAUCAUGCAUGUGAGGAUUCCACAGAAGGGUGGACAUGUACAUGCACAUGUACAAUGUACAUGUAUCAUCAAAGUGGCAAUUAAUUGUUCAAGACAUCUUGAACUCAGACUAAAAGUACAUCUUCUGUUUUGUGAGUCGGUACUUUUUUAGUGGUGGGAAUAAUAUCCGGAUUUAUUUAAAUUCGGUUUGAAUUCUACUAUUCGGUUUAGAUUUUGAAAACAGGAUAAUCGAAAAAUUAUUAAGCCUUCCAUUUUUGAUGACAUUGGCUAAAGAAACCAACUGGAUCUCCCAAUUUGCUCCAUUGUCUCUGAUUGUGACCGCAUACACUUGCUAGGGGCCUCCUUGGUUCAUGAAUAGUCUGCAAGUUCGAUUGGUCAGAGAGUUCCCACCCAUUUUUUUUUCACCAUUCAAGCUCUGGAGCGCAUGGCAUGCGGCAUCUCACUCGUCACUUUUUUGGGCAUGACUGUGAACUGAAUGGAAAGUUCUGGUGCCAUCGGAUAUUCGGUUUGAAUUUUUUGAAUAUUUGUAAGGAAUAACUCUUGAAAAAAAUUAUGCCUCACACUUAACUUUACAAAGGCCCGAUUUGGUAUCAACUUAUAUGGUUGAAGCACAGGCAGCUGGAAAAGUGAUUCACGGUGACUCAUGCUUGUGAUCUACGCAAGGAGGUACAUCAGAGAAUUGGUACAUUAUGAAAAGACUGGAGCAUAUCUAUUACAUGCAUCUUAAAAGCAAAUGUAAAAUGUACAUCUCUAUGCACACAUGUACAUGUACAUUUGUACUUGUACAAAUUACCUGUUAUUUCCUAUCCAAUUUAUAAAGUACUUUACACCAUCAUGCUUUUGGGUAGUUCAUUAAGUAUUCUUCAUACUGCCUAUGCGCCGAAAUGGCAGCAUCCAGCUGUAUGCGCCUCAGGGAGCUGAGAUUGUCUAGGGAAUGUUUCAAUGGUCCAAUGAGCAGGGUAAUCAUGAUGUAGCGCAUUGAGCCCUAAUACUGGUUUAUACGUGCGCUUUUUUUCAAAACUAUUUUUAUUAUUUUACUAGUGUACUUGGCAAAUGAUAAAGCAGAAUGACUCUCUUUCACUUGUAAGUUUUCUCAUCGUUGAAGAAAAAAAAUACAAGAGCUUCAAGCCUGGCUCAAGUCAUUUUUGUUUAAUAUCUUGUUAAACUAAUUCUUUGUGUACAGUAUGCAGACAUAUUUCGGUUAUGUAAACAAACUGGAGAAACAGUUUGGCUGCUGCUGCAACUUGCUUGAUAAAAGAAUGCUCCCACUUGUAAAUGUGUUAACAUGCAUUUUCAGCAAUCCACCUGAUAAUGUCUUAAAGUAGUAAAUAUAAAUACAUGUAGUACAUUGUACCUUGAAAAGAUGCUAUUUUUCUCAAAUGUCAGAAAAUGGGAAAUACUUAUGCAUUACCUAAAUAUUGUGUUAAUCAGGUAUUAUUGAGUUUAGACUUCCAAAUUUGUUGGGUGCAUGUAUGUUUCUCUUCUUUUAUGGGUGAGUAAUACAUGGACCAAAUACAUGUAUAGAGCAAUUGCUAUAAAAGUGAUUCUUACAUUAUUUGCAUAAUUUGCUGGGUUUGACAAAUUUGUUUGACCUCAAGCUAAACUGUAUGCUGAUCGCAUUACUCCCCCCUCUUUUUUUUUUUUGGAGGGGGGGGGUUGAUUUCCCUGUGCUAAUGUUUUUUAUCCUUCAUUCUAGUCCAGACUUGCUUAAGGUGGGUUAGGUUUGGUCCCCAAUCAGGAGCAUUCUCUAGGUUUGCCCAAAAGAAAGUACAGAGAAAAUAAUUAUUUUCAGGCUCAGAAAAUGAAGCUGUUUGUGCAUGGAUGAGGCAUAACUGCAUUUGCUGUAGCUAGCAUUGUGCAUUGGUAGAAUUGGGAUUGGCCAUUGCCUAAUCAAUUUCACACCUCGCUGGAUUGCCACAACAUUAAUGUGACAGAUUGGUGUCAGCAAGCAUUUCACACCCUCGUAAUGACUGUGCAGACUGGCUUCCUGGUAGCCGUCUGUUACAAACAGUUCUCAUUGCAUUUGUUUCCAACUCACUUCAUCGACUCAGAGUUAAUGCAGUGCCAUUUCCUGCAACGCAUACGUCAACUGGAAAUGUUUUCCUCCAACAAGAUCCCUCGUGGCACGCUAGACAGUCUUGUGAAGGCUGAUGUAUCAGUGCAACAUGUACUGAAAGAGCCAGCUCAGUUUUUCACUAUAUAUGAGCAAGGAGCUUUUAUAGUGUAACAACCAUGAAGAGUUAGUUUAUUCAGUUGUAUGUAGCCCCCCCCCCCCCCAAUUUCUUUUCUUUUUCGUCUGGGGUGGUAAACGUGAGAUUGCUCCUGUAAAUGGAGGAAACUUUGGGUCAAGAAUUAUCAUUAACGCUGAGAUAACUUGGAGCUAAGGCUAGGUGGAAAAGGAGUACAAAAUAAUGCAUGCACAAGUCAAGGAACCAGACAAGAUACGGGGUCAGCAUACACGUACAAUGACUUGUGAAUUAAUGUAUGCGCAAGUCAAGGUACCAGACAGGAUACAUGUAUAGGGUCAUUAUACAUGUACACUGCUUGUUAUUGGCUCAUGGAAAGUGUGCAUGCAUUUGUUCCUGAAAUCCAGCAAACAGUAGGUUCAUGAUUUGCACUCUGCAUUUAACAUGUUUUAACCCUAAUGACCAAACCCUUUAAAAUCCAACUGCAUGUUCUUUUAGAAUGUGUUGGAGCAUGGGUCGGAGUGAGUAUGGCAUUAGUAAACUGAUUAUGCUUUACAUGGGGUCAGGCACACAUGUACCACCAUAAUCAGAGUUCAGCAGUUUGAGUGUUGAGUUACCAUGUGGUGUUGGAUUUUGCAGGAGUGGGGGUUCCUAGUAAAUCACUCAAGGGGGUUAGGGUUAUUGCAUGCCUUUAUAAGAUUAAGUUGGGCUUUGCGCAUACUCUGUACUUAAGUUAAAGAGUUUGUUGCAUUUCUUCGCCAAUUUCCCCAGAACCAAUAACUCAAAAUGGGACCUUUAAAUAAAGUUGAUAAUUAUAUCCCCUUUAAAGCAGGGUUCAUGUGAUUAGAUAUACGAAAAAUUUGUCUCUAGUAGUACCUUUAAUGUAAAUAUUAUCUGGUAUGUAAAUGUACAAUUAUUUAAGAAUUGUAUUCUUGAUAGAACUAAUUAUUGCAGUCAAUAUAGUAUGUAAAAUUGUCAAGAAAGAAUUCUAAAAUUGGACUAAAUUUUUACUUCUACAGGCAUGCAUCUUGUGCUUACAUUGUGUACAUGUAUACGCAUACAAAAUAUAUCAUCUCAUUCUUUUGCUAUUUUUUUUAGCCUAUGUAUGAAAUAUUUUGAAUUGUUAGAUGUAGGUUUGAAAAAACAAAAUGGAAGGAAAAAAAUAUGUAGCCUAACGCCAGCCUUAAUCCAACUAAAUCCAACAGAAAUCCUUCACCAUUGGAAUUGUAGGAUUCGGGUGGGUUUGGGAGCAAUCCGACCUGAUUUAAUACAGGUGGCGAAUAGCCAGAGUUAUAAACUUUAUGAUUUCAUGCACGGUGUACCACAGAGAGCUGUUUUCACAUUCUUUCUUCUGUUUUAAUGGUAAAUGACCUUCGACAAAUGUAAUUAUAUAGUAGUUGCCAGUAUAUUUUGAUAUCAACAAACCUGUACUUAAAGUUGAUCUCAGAAGAAAAAAAUUAAAUGUAUGUAGUUUCCACCUUUAUGUAAAAAGUAUAUAGAAAGUUCACAAUAAGUAUUUAAAUUUCAGACAUGAUUAUGUAGCCCAGCUGUUUUUGUUUUUGCUGUGAGAUUAAAGCUUUUAAAUUUGUGAGGUUUCCUUUUCGAUUUUAAUUUCGAUGUUGAUUUUUGGUGUAUUUAGAGAUUGCAUUGCAUUAGAGACACUGGUGCAUAAUUGUUAACAUCGGACAUUCAUAACAAGUUAGAGAACAGGGAGUGAACACCCUGUUUUCUGAUAAUAUUCCGCAGGAAUAGACGUUAUGCUUUAAGGCGGAGUCGGAGGGCAAUGAUUUUCGUCUCACUUUAGUCACAAGUAAACCUUUUUGUCCAUGCAUUGUAACUAAAAUUAGCAUAACUAAGAACACCCUCUGAGAGACUGAGAGACUUGCAAUGAUGAGGUCUAAUCUAAUUGUUCGCCAUUUUGUUUGUUGUUUUAAACGUUUUAUUUGCCUAAUACAUGGACCACUUAACCUUGUCACACCAUCAAUCAUUGAGUGGUUAAACAUCCUGAAAUAAUCAUGCUCUUGCCUUGCAUCUUGUGCUGGUCCUUGUUUGGCAUCUUUAUUUUGUUUAUGGAAUCAUUGAGCAUGAGUUCCAAAUACCAAUAUACCACGUCACAAUGAACAACGUCACCAAUGACGUCAUAUGCCUGUUAGUUACCGUCAGGCAGAACAACAACAUAUCAUCAUUACCUCCUUGUUUGCCAUAUUAUACAGUUAACGUCAAUACUUUUAAUCCGUAUCAUAUACAAAUGUAGUGCACAUUUUAACAUUUUGGUUAAGUCGGUAUCACAUGUCCACAACUUCUCAUUUUUGUUAAGAGGUAUUUGGCUUGGUCUACACGACAGGAAGCCAAAUUCUGACCGGCCAAUGUUAAGGUUCAGUCGCCUUGUUAUCAACUUCUUUUCCAAAUGUUGUUUGUCUUUUUUUUCGUUUUGAGGUGUUAUCUUUUUUUCAAUACACCGAAAUUUCGUUGAUAUGUUUUGUCAUUUUAUGCAAAAUAUUUAAAUUAGUUUCAAGUGUGAUAUUUGUUGCCUAUUUAAACCUGCGUGUUUCUGAGUAAAAGUAGCUUUUCGCCGUUCAUAAAAAAAUAAAAAUAACUGUAAAGCUGGCAGCAGUGUAGAAAUAAAAGUAAUCUAUGAGAUUUGAAAGACA